AUGUGUCCCCAGGGGCCCUGGGCUGCGCUGCUGCUGCUGGUGGGUGUCCUCGCUUCUGACACGCCGCCCAGUGCCAGGGGAAGGAAGAAGGUGGUCCAUGUCCUGGAGGGGGACAGCGGGGCCGUGGUGGUGCAGACAGCUCCAGGGAAGGUGGUGACGCACCGGGGCGGCACCAUCAUCCUGCCCUGCCGCUACCACUACGACGUCUCGGCCCACAACCCCGACGAGAUCCGCCUCAAAUGGACCAAAGUGACGGAGCCGAUGGCCUUCGUGGACGUCUUUGUGGCUCUGGGGAAGGCGAGGAGGGCGUUCGGCAGCUACCGCGGGCGCACGGCGCUGCAGGAGGAUGGCUUUGGGGACGCCUCGCUCAUCAUCCGCAACGUCACCCUGCAGGACUACGGGCGCUACGAGUGCGAGGUGACCAACGAGCUGGAGGAUGACACCGGCAUGGUCAAGCUGGAUCUCGAAGGCGUCAUUUUCCCCUACCAUCCUCGCCUGGGCCGCUACACCCUGAACUUCCACGAGGCGCAGCAGGCGUGCCUGCAGCAGGACGGCAUCCUGGCCUCGCACGACCAGCUGCACCAGGCCUGGCUGGAGGGCAUGGAUUGGUGCAAUGCAGGCUGGCUGCAGGACGGCUCCGUGCAGUACCCCAUCUCCCACCCGCGGGAGGAGUGCGGCCGCAAGGACACCCCGGUGGGUGUGCGCAACUACGGCUACCGGCACAAGGAGAGCGAGCACUACGAUGCCUUCUGCUUCACCUCCAACCUCAACGGCAAAGUCUACUUCCUGAAGACGUUCCGCAAGCUGAGCUACGCCGAGGCGGUGCAGGCCUGCAAGAACAACGGGGCGGCCGUGGCCAAGGUGGGGCAGCUGUAUGCUGCCUGGAAGAUCCAACUGCUGGACCGCUGCGAGGCGGGCUGGCUGGAGGACGGCAGCAUCCGUUACCCCAUCGUCAACCCGCGGGCGCGCUGCGGCGGCCGGGAGCCUGGAGUGCGCAACCUGGGCUUCCCGGACAAGAAGUACAAGCUUUUUGGAGUGUACUGCUUUAAAAAGGCUGGUGAUGCUCCUCCUGAGAAGAAGAAGGGUGAGGGGCAUCCCAACCGUGUGUGA